UUAUCAUCCUUCAUAGGUGUGGAAAUGGUUAGUUUUAGCCAGGAAGGAGAGAGUAGAUAGUUAGUUGUAUUUAAUUUAGUGGGAGAGAGAGAGGUGGCAGAUUUAUAGAUAGAGAGCGUUAGUUGUUUUGAAAAUGUAGAAGUCUCUGCGAUGCGCGCAUUUAUAAAAUGUAACCCCACCACCAAUUUGGGUAGUAAUAAUUUGUCAGAUAGUGACAUUGAACUAACUAACAAAUCCAAGACGGCACCGUAUUGUGGAAUUGAUCUUCCAUCCACGGUACAUACCAACAACCGAAACGGUUAAUAGCAUUUACUUCUCAUCAUCAUAUUAAAUAAACAAUAUUGCAAUUUUGUUUCUGCUAUUUACUACUCCUACUGUUACUGCUAGUUAGUUUAUCGAAAAGCAAAGUCUUGCGUGCAUUUUUUGAACUCUGAAGAUGGGGAAAAAGCGUGUAUUGGUGCCGGCGAAGGACGUAGACUUGUCCACAGUUAAAUACGAAUCUGAGAUUCUCCAAGCUCCGCAUUUGACUGGCUUUGUGUUUAGAUUGUUUGUGAGGAUAAUCGAAGCUCCAUUGAUAGGUCCUCUAUUGAUAACUCUUUUGAAGAAGCAAAAUAACGUUGAUGAGUUAUUGCGGAACACUGUGAUACCCGAGGAACCUAUGUUUAAACCUGAAUAUCCACCUCAAGAAAAGGAACCUAGUGUCGUUGAGCUCGACGAAGAAGGGAGACCUGAAGACCGAGUUGAGUCUGCCUUGAAAUGUCUUCCUCAUUAUGAUCCCGCUAAAUUCUGGGAAAAUUCAUCCGCACCCUUCCGGUACUGGAAAAUACGUGACUAUGCUUAUGCUUAUCGGGUUAAAAAAGUAACCCCGUCUAUGGUUGCUGAGCGCAUCAUCUCAAUUAUAGAGGAGAAUGGAAUAGAUAAACCUCCAACGCCACUAUUGAUAUCUUUUGAUGCUGACGAAGUCCGAAAGCAGGCAGCAGCAUCUACUCAGAGGUUUGAAGCAGGAAAUCCUUUAUCAAUAUUGGAUGGAAUUUUCAUGGCUAUCAAAGAUGACAUAGACUGCUAUCCUCUCCUGUCUAAGGGUGGAACUACAUGGAUGCAUGAGGUACGGACUGUAAAGAAGGACGCCGUCUGUGUUUCAAGACUGCGCAGCUGUGGUGUCAUAUUCAUAGGGAAGGCAAAUAUGCAUGAGCUUGGCAUGGGUACGACAGGAAAUAAUUCUAAUUACGGAACUGCAAGAAAUCCUCAUGCACUUGAUAGGUAUACUGGUGGAUCUUCUUCGGGUCCAGCUGCAAUUGUUGCUUCUGGAUUAUGUUCUGCUGCACUUGGAACUGAUGGUGGAGGUUCAAUCCGUAUUCCUUCUUCCCUAUGUGGUGUGGUAGGAUUAAAGAUAAACUAUGGACGAUCAAGCAUGGAGGGGUCCAUAUGUGAUUCUGGGACAGUGGAAGUUAUUGGACCUAUUGCUUCAACAGUAGAGGAUGCGAUGCUAGUGUAUGCAGCAAUAUUGGGUGCAACACUUGCAAAUAGAAUCAGUAUGAAGCCGUCAACACCUUGUUUGCCAACUCUGUCUUUCGAUGAUGAUACAGAUGUUUUGGGAUCAUUAAGAAUAGGGAUGUACACCCCGUGGUUUAAUAAUGUCCAUUCAACUGAAGUCUCGGAUAAAUGUGAGGAUGCUCUUAAUAUGCUGUCAAAGGCACAUGGUUGUGAAGUGACAGAAGUUGUUAUACCAGAGCUCUUGGACAUGCGAACUGCCCAUGCUGUUUCCAUUGGCUCUGAAUGCGUAUGUUCACUUAAUCCUGAUUGGGAAGACGGGAAAGGUGUAAAAUUGACAUAUGAUACUCGCACAAAUUUGGCACUUUUCCGGUCUUUUACAGCCGCAGAUUAUGUUGCAGCCCAAUGUAUUAGACGAAGGAUUAUGCAUUACUUCAUGGAGAUUUUCAAGAAAGUUGACGUCAUAGUGACUCCAACAACUGGCAUGACGGCGCCCAAAAUACCUCCAAGUGCCCUUAAAAGUGGUGAAACAGAUUUGCCGACUACAGCUUACCUUAUGCGAUUCGUUGUUCCAGCAAAUAUUUUGGGACUCCCUGCCAUUUCAGUACCGGUGGGUUACGAUAAAGAAGGACUUCCAAUAGGUUUGCAAAUAAUAGGCCGACCAUGGGCAGAAGCUACUAUUUUGCGUGUAGCAUCUGCAGUAGAGAAACUCUGCGGUGAGUCAAAGAAAAGGCCUGUGUCAUACUAUGAUGUUCUGAGGGUUAACUGAAGCUUAAGAUACUUUUGCUGGUUAUUAAUUUGUGGGUGAAGCCUUCUAGCGUUAUUUGGAAAUUGCUAUCCUUUUUAACAGGAUUUAUGAUUUGCCAAAGUUCGUUGCGAAUAAUCUCUACAGACAAGAAUUGUAAUAAUAUUUACAGUCUAUAAAUAUAAAAUACUGUUUAGAAAAUAAUGGAGGGUGGUAACAUGCACACCAUCAAAAGGUCGAAAUGCAGCUUCUCUAAUAAUUUCGAUAAGAUUGAUGUGUGAAGGACUUUUCAUCGUUCCACUUAAAGGUUAUAUACUUUUGUUGAUUGUUAUCCUGAAAUAUAUUAUCAUGCGUUUGCACCGA